AAGGUCAUCAGGUCAAAGGACGUGACGCACGGAGUCGCUCACGCCUUCUGGGGUACAAGGCAGCUUCCGGCAUACACUGGUAACACACGCAACACCAACUUUCUCAGUUGGUAAAAACCCACCAAAAUGGUCAAUUUCUGCGCUGUAAUGAACUGUGCCAAUAGGGGUGACCGUGAGAGACAUUUAUCGUACUUCAGAAUUCCAAAAGUGAGGAGAAAUGAUGGUAAAGAGAAACGCGAGGUGAAGGGACAACAACAGCAAAAGUGGUUAUCGAACAUUGGCCGUACAGAUAUCAAGAUUGAAAAAAUUGAGAAUUAUCGCGUUUGCUGUCUGCAUUUCAUCAAUAAACAUCCUGCAGCAUGGAACAAUGUUACCAAUCCUGAUUGGGCACCAACUGUGAAUAUGGGACGUAACGUUGAACGUAAAGACCGCCAUUCAUGUGCAACAAAAAGAGAGUGUACGAAGGCCGAUUUGAUCUCAGCUCAAGCACUCGUAGCUCUGCAAGAUGAUGUCGUACAGGUUAAUAAUUAUGAAAACUUUGAACACCAUGUACAUGUACCAUGUACCAUGCAAGUACACCAUGAACUUGACAUGGAAACACAAACACCAUUCAAAGAAACAAUGGACACAUCAACACAAACAGAAAUGUGUGCAGCAGACAUAACAGUACUGGAAGCACAAGCAGCCAACAACAAUAAAGAGCUCGCUAAAGCAAGGCAAGAAGCAGCCCAAAUUAAGUUUUCACAAGAAAGCUUUUCCAAGGACGACAAAAAGGUUGAGUACUACACGGGUUUACCAACGUUUACCAUUUUGAUGGUGGUCUUCAAUUAUGUUCAGGACAAGCUCCCCACUAGACAUUCACUAACAUAUUUUCAGCAGUUGCUGAUCAUCUUGAUGAAGCUCCGUCUUGCAGUGACUCAUGAAGAUCUUGCGUAUCGAUUCCUUGUUAGUGAAUCCACAAUAUCGCGCGUGUUCAAUACUGGGCUUGAUGCCCUUUACGGCAUAUCCAAGUUAAUUGCUUGGCCCGAAAGAGAGGUUCUGUGGAAGACCAUGCCCAUGCAAUUUCGGCAGACAUUAGGAAAGCGUGUGGCAGUGAUUAUAGAUUGCUUUGAAGUAUUUUGUGAUAGACCUACAAGUUUAGAUGCGCGCACCCAGACUUUGUUGAACUAUAAACACCAUAACACCAUCAAAUUUGUAUUAGGUGUAGCACCAAGUGGUGCUAUUUCAUUUGUAUCUGCGGCAUUGGAGGACAGCGGCACAGAUAAUACAAUUACACUUUCAUCUAACUUUUUUGACCACCUGCUCCCUGGAGAUGUCAUUUUUGCUGAUCGCAGUUUUGACAUGAAAGAUGAUGCCGGAUUUUACGGUUGUGAAGCAGAAAUCCUUGCAAUUACAAGUGGGAAAGCAGAACUUUCUGCGCUGGAUGUGGAAAAAUCUCGUGAAUUUGCACAUUUACGCAUUCACGUAAAGCGUGUGAUUGGUGGUGUCAGGCAAAAAUACCGAAUUCUAAGUAAUACUGUAGCACUGGAGUACAUGAUGACCAAUGCUGAAAUUCAAGCACCCAAAAUUGAUAAAAUUGCAAGGAUCUGUUGUGCACUUUUCAACUUAAAUGCAGCCAUAGUUUCACAGUAGGUGCAGAUAGUUUUGCUUUCGCAUGGGGCAUAUACGAACAAUAAAAAUUCUCAAAAAAGU